AAAUAUUCAAUAAAUACUAGUAGAACAUAUUUAAAAGAACAUACUAUAAAGUAUCCUAAUUCUCCACUAAUAGAUAUCCAGAAUGAUGCAUUCCAGCAGAUUACAAAAGAAGAGAUGGAUAAGUUAAUAGUUAACUUGAUUGUUAGAACAGGAAUGUCCUUCAAUGUUCUUAAAAAUCCAUUAUUCCAUAAAAUGGCUAGGAAUUUUCAAUAUUUUAAAAAGUCAUACAAAGUCCCACAUCCAACUAUAAUAUCACGCUAUAUUAGUAGAAAUAUAUUUAAUUUAAGAUUCAAUUUUAUUAAAAAUAUUCUAGCUAAAUCCUCUGGACGAAUAUUACUAACAUAUGAUAGGUGGCAUUUGACUAUUUAUAAAUGUCAUUACAUUGUCAUUACAGGAUCAUGGGUUAAUGAGUAUUCUAUUAAAGAAAAAAUAUUUGUACUCACUAUGGAUAAUACUACUACAAAUAAAGCU